AUGUCGCACUUCAGUAUGUUUGGGGCCGUUUUUGCGCUUGCGUUGUUGAGUGAUCUCGCCCUGGUCAGGUGUAUAUACCUUGAUCCGGAAGUGGCCAUCGGUGGAGAUGCGCCGGUGAAUCGGUACCCUUACAUGGUGCAGCUGCAACAGUUUAUGGUUGUGAGCUACGUGCACCAUUGCGGUGGUUCGCUGCUUACGGCAAGCUACAUUCUUACGGCAGCCCACUGUGCCACAGUGUCCCUAGAGCUGCAGGCUCAAGCCGGUACGGUGUGGCGUAAUGCAAAUGCUGCGGAAGGUCAACGCAGAAACGUUGUGCGUAUGGUGGCACACGGCCGUUACGUACAGGAUGGUACCACGGGACCGUACGAUAUUGGGCUGGCCAUGGUAGAGGAACCGUUCCAAGUGGACGGCUUGAGUGUGGCUAUCAUUCCACUGCUACCAGCGUAUUACGAACAGCCGCAGCGUGCGGAUGUGAUGGGUUUCGGUAAGAUCGAUCACGACGAUACGCUUCCGGAUCGGUUGCGCGUGGUGCAGUGUAGCCUUCAUCCGCCGCACGAAUGCGAACGUGAUGCGCACGAUGCGGUGGGUGCGUUCUGCGUGGGAAGCCCGGGUGCGACCGCCUGUCAGGGUGAUUCCGGUGGUCCCGUCGUGGGUACGAUCGACGGUGUCGAUUGGUUGGUUGGGUUGGUUUCCCACGGCACGCCGGUGUGCGGCACGGGACCAAUCGUUUGUACGGAUGUUAACUUUUAUGGCGAAUGGAUACGGGAAGCCGUACACAAUUUUACUUUCGUCAGUGAAAGCACAGAAUAA